CUGUAGUUUUAGUCGCAAUCUUUGCCUGCAAACAAAUCAUCGCUACCUUAGAAAGCCAGCACGAACCAAGACACACAUAGCGCGCUUGUUGCAAAGCCACCGACAUGGCUCUGGCCCAGCGCCAAGUUUCCUGCCGCAUUGAGCGGUCUACAGGAGCAUCGACAUCGCAGCCUGUUGGGUCAUGCCUACUUGUGCAGCGGCGGCCGGGCCAGCGGCGAGGCGUGCCGGCGCGAGCGACACCCGAGUUCAUCGAUGCGCUCAGCGCCCUGGUGCCAAACCUCCCGCUGGAGCAGAUUGCAGCACCGUGUCAAGUCAUGAAGUGCGGUGACAUCGUCUACCGCAGUACGCUGGAUCCGUCCCUCUACAACGAGGCCGGCUUUGACGAGAAGACUGUCGCGCUGUUGGCCCCCGUGCUUGCGUAUCUCUUCCUCCCACCGGGCGUGCUACCAGGCGCCAUCGACUAUUACAUUCGCGCGCCCCUCAAGCGCAAGCAGACCAAGGCCAUUGACAAAAAUGACAUUGUCCUGGGCAAGCGCUUGGGCACGGGCGGCUUCGGCACCGUGUUCAAGGGGGAGCUCAAGGAGGAGGGCGGAGUCAAGACGUCCAUCAUCAUCAAGAAGGCCAAGGAGUUUGGCGAGGCCGAGGUGUGGAUGAACGAGCGCAUGAGCCGGGUGGCCGGGCACCACGUGGCGGAGUUCGUGACCGCCUUUGACGAGUCGCUCAACGUGCCGCUGCCCGCCGCCGCCGGCAAGCGAGCCGCGCCUGUGCAGCCCACCUCGCCGCUGGACGCCAACAGCAUCUGGCUGGUGUGGGUGUACGAGGGCGACAACACACUCAGCAGCCUCAUGGAGCGCCGCGAGUGGCCCUACAACCUGGAGCCACUGCUGUUUGGCCGCGAGCUGCGCGCGCCCCGCGGCCCCGUGCGCGAGCUGGUGACCAUCAAGGAGGCCUUCAGGCAGCUGGUGCAGGCGGUGGCCGCGUGCCACUCCGUGGGCAUCGUGCACCGCGACAUCAAGCCCGCCAACUGCAUUGUGAGCGAGCGCGACAAGAAGAUCAAGCUGAUUGACCUGGGCGCCGCCGCCGACCUGCGCAUCGGCAUCAACUACGUGCCCAACGAGUACCUGCUGGACCCGCGGUACGCGCCGCCGCAGCAGUACAUCAUGAGCACGCAGACUCCCAAGCCGCCGCCCAAGCCCGUGGCUGCCUUCCUGAGCCCCAUCCUGUGGACCAUGGAGAAGCCGGACCGCUUCGACAUGUACAGCUGCGGCAUCACGCUGCUGCAGAUGGUGUUCGGCCACCUGCGCAACGACAACGCACUCAUCGCAUUCAACAAGCGGCUGCAGGAGCUCAAGUGGGACCUGCCGGCCUGGCGUCGCGAGGAGGAGGCCAAGCUGCCCUCCGCCAAGGGGGCGCUGGCCGAGUCGCUGGAGGCGGGCUUUGAGGCGCUGGACGCGGACGGCGGCGCGGGCUGGGACCUGCUGAUGCGCCUGCUGGCGUACAAGCCCACGGACCGUCCCUCCGCCGCCGCGGUGCUGGCCCACCCCUGGCUGACGUCGGCCCCCGGCCGCACCGCCAGCCUGCAGCACAGCCUCAGCGGCAGCUUCGAGGCCACCGUGUCCACCGCCGCCGCCGCCACCAGCACGGCGCUCACGGCGGCAGGCAAGAGCCUGGGCCAGGCGGCCAAGGACGCGGGCCUGGCGUCAAUGGAGGAGGCCAUCCUCAAGGUGAACCAGGGCGCACUCACGGAGGCGCAGCUGAUGGAGGAGUUGGGCCUGCAGGAGCCGGCGCCGGUGGCGCCCCGCGAGGGCAGCCAGACCAUUGCCUGGUGGCAGGAGCGCCAGAACGAGCUCAAGGCGCGCCUGGUGGAGCGGCGGGAGGCCAUGUCGGAGUCGGAUCCAUACGGUGCGGCCCCAUCCGCAAUGCAGGUCGGCUCGGCGAUCAACAACGCCCGCGGCGGCAAGGGUGCCAAGCCAACCACGCCGGUGAAGCCUACCGGGCCCAUGGCCGCCGCUGGCGCGGCCGCAGCUGCGGCGGCGGCUGCCGCUCGGGUCGAGGCAAAGGUCAAGGUGCCCAACAUCCUCGGGGUGAAGAAGCCAGCCUCUGGCGGCGGCUCCAACGGCAGGGCCAACGGCAACGGUAACGGAAAGGCCGCGCCCGCCAAGGCUGCCAACGGAAACGGAAGCGGUAAUGGAAACACCAACGGAAACGGAAACGGUGCCAAGCAGCAGUUGUUCGGCGGUCUGCUGGGCCGCAAGCAGCAGCCGGUGGAGGAGGUGCAGGAGGAGCCCGAGGAGGAGGUGGAGCCGGAGCAGGAGACCGCUUCCAAGAAGGAGCGCGCGUUUAACCUGCUGGGAGUCUUUCGGCGGUAAAUGCAUCAGCGCGAUCGGACCUCAAUGCAAACUGAGAGAAGAAAAAGCAUAACUCCAAAAGCGACUUCUUUUUUCGCGGCUUUGCGAAUAACGGUGCGGCACGGUCGUGUGUGGUGCGUGAUCAUGAUGCGCAUAUGACGUCAGAAUACAUUUUGAGUGUGCAGCAGAAGCCGUCAGCAGAAAUAUUUAGUCCAUGCAAAGUGUCGCAUGGUAAUGUCGACUGACGGGUCACGGAAGCUUAUCCAGAGCGUGCGGCGCCCUCAUACUGUAGCGCCAGCCCCUCAAGCUUCCUAUGAGAAUGCUACAAUGUGGUUGUUUCAGGCUACAGCUUUCAAAGCAGGCGGGUUGGCUGACGUCUAGGUGCCCGUGAGGUGCCCGUAAGUUCCGGAGGGGGCUGGAAGUAGGCACAUGAGUAGGCGGUCGCAGGAUGGAGCGCUGGGUUGACCUGUGGGGAUCACGCCGCCGCUGCGGCAAGCAUUGAGCUUUGUUUAUGAAGCAAGUCAAAAGUGUUUGUUGGUUUCACACUUGCGUGGUAUUUCUUUGGCGCUGUAGCCUGAUGGAUGGGUAUGGCACCAGGCGUGCUGGCGCAUGCUGCUGAUGAGGCAUAAGGGGGACCUUGUCCGUAAGCCUUGCGCAAUUGUGAAGAUAACGUUGUGCAACAUGAAGAGCUCCAUUGCGAUCGGAUAGAUACGCCAUCUAUGCGCAGAUCCCGCCGACUGCGGCCGACUAGGUACGGCAGAGUGUGGUACGGGCCAGGGCAAAGCGAAUGCCGCGCGCCUGUCAAGCAGCGGCGAAGUUUCAAGGGCACAGUACACAAUGAGGACUGCGGCAUGCCAAGUGCGGCAAUUGAACUGGGCAGGUUCACAAGGCACAGACAGAGGGAGUGGGGACGCAUAUAAAAGAGUGGCACGAGGUUCCCGGCGGAUUGUGGCGCACGCCUUUAGGUAGAGGGGUUCCUUGGUGUUUGAUAGUUGGGAUCUGCGCAUUUUGAAUGCGGCCACGAGUGAGUUUACAGGAGCCAACUGGGAUAAAUAUCAUGGAGGUAUGGAUGCAGGCCAGUUCUCAUGACGCUCGUUAGGAACGGAGGGAGCCCUGUACAAAGCUUGCGUACUUCGUGCACAGUUGCCAACCCGGCAGCAUAUGAGCAAUUGAGCAUGGGCGCAUCAGGAAGAAACAGAGACUCUGAUGGCGAGUGGCGGGGCUGGCGCAACUGUACUGCUUUGGCCCAGCCCUGAGCCCAAUGAUUUUACUGGCUGCAUGGACGGACACACAAAGAAGGGAGAGCGCAUCCCAAGAGAGCAUUCCGUGAUACGAGGGCGAGCACUCACAGGCAUACAGUACGGUGUAACGCAUGGCAUGG